GUGUGUGUGUGUGUGUGUGUUCCUUUUCUUUCUGCUGCUUUUCCUGCCUGUUGCCUGUUUGGCAAAGAAGACAUGGCUGGCCGCCUAAGUGCUCUCCUGGUUCCCUUGCUCUCAGCCGAAGCGGCGGCUGUGGACGUCGGCCCGGCUGGCUCAGCCGAAUGUCCGUGUGUCAACCAGAGCAGCGAGGUCUAUGGCUUUGGCUGCGCCAGUCAUGAUGUGAAUGGCACCGAGGAGUAUCCAGAAUGCGGCGAUGCAAGCACUGCGCCGGGCUGGUGCGGCGACCAGUGGUGCUACGUGAAGCUGUCCGAGUGUCAGGUCACCGUUGAGCCCAGUGAAAACUAUCCUGGCCUGGGCUGGUCCUACACCACUUGCGGAUACCGGGAUUCCUUUUCCCGCACCAACAUCACAGAGUCCCUGCGAGGAAAGACCUUGCGGGUGCAGUUCUUGGGCAAUACCGGCGGAUGGAAGGGCAACUAUUGCACCGGAAAUUUGGGCGAAGCCUGCGUGGACCAACGUGGCUUUGGGCCCGUGCAGAACUUCUUCGAUCUGGUGGUGGGCUCUGCAGGGAUCAAGGUGCAGCAGAUUUCAGAGCUCCCAGAGGCCGUCUAUGCGCAGAGAGCGCGUUUGGGGCAGCGCUCGAACUUCGAUCUUUGCAUUUGGGCCACCGGCAUGGGUUUCCUGGACCUCUGCGUGGCCUCCCUGGUGAUGCUCCCCCGGCGCUCGGACGCCUCGCCCUUCGUGUCACUCUGGGCCGAGCCCACCAUCUUGGUGGGGCCCACCGUGUCCAGUGCCGAAGAGGUGACCUUUGGACAGAUGCUCAGUGCCGCGUUUCGGCCCUUCUCUCCGGAGCUUUGGUUAGCGCUGCUCUGUGUGGUGAUCACAUGCAGUUUGGUGAUCACUUACUUCGAGACCUCGCAGCACGGGCAGUUCAACGACAUUCGCAGCAAGCGCCUGCGUGCCGCCGAGGCCGUCUACCGCGCCUUGUACAGCUUGUUCAUGUGCGAGAGCCGCUUUGAGCCUCAAACCCUGGGUGGACGAAUUGUUGGGCUUGGGCUGGCCUUCAUGUGCAUCCUCUUCGUCUGUGGCUAUACGGCCACCUUGGCCUCUUUUCUGGUGGAGGAGCGUCGCUUGGAACCCAACGUUGAGGACUUGAACGAUGCCAUCAGGUUGAAUAAGAGGAUUUGUGCCCAUCCGAGCCACAUCCUCACCCUGAAAGUGCAUGGUGUACCUGAAUCCAACAUCGUGCCCAUGAGUGUGCGGUCGGAGAUCUUGCCCUCCAUCGGUGUGGAGGAGAGUUCGAUUUGCCAGGUGGGAGUGCUGUCCGAGGAGGACUUUGUCUCAGCACAGGCCACCAACGGUGGCAGUUUCUGCAACCUGCAACGCAUCGGCCCAGCCGUGGGCUCGCACAUGGUGGGCCUUUCCGUGUCGGAGAAAUGGUCCCGCCAGCUUUCCUUCGCGAUCAUGGCGGCCGCCGCGGACGGACAUUUACAGCGAGCGCUGAGACAGCACCACCCCGAGGACUACUGCACCGCCAUCAACUUGGCAACGCAAAACACGGCGGAACCGGAAGCGCUCACGGUGCAGAGCAUGGCAGGACCCUUCUUUGUGACCUUGGCCACCGUUGGCUUCGGCCACGGUUGGAGUGAAACCGCCGCUCGUGGCCAGUCACGGGCUUCUUCACCUUGGUGGGUAUCUUGGCACACUGCUCCCGCGCGGCGCUGUUCAAGACCAUCGAAGGCGGUCAGAAGAUCCGGCAGAGCUUGUCGAACCACAGCCUGCGGGAGGUGGCCUGGGAGACUGCCUCCGAAGUCAUGCACAUGGCCAGCCCCGGCCGCUCUUCCAGCCGGACGGACAGAAGGUCCUCCAGCAUGAGUAGCCAGUCGGGCGCCACCGGCGCUGGCACCGAGGCGACUCGUCAGCCCAAGCGCUCGCAGAGCGUCACCAGCAGCGAGCUGAACCUGCCGAGUGAAGCCGAGGAAGAACCGAAGGAUUUGGGCCAGAUGGGCAGAUUUCUCCAGAAGCAGCAGAACUUCAUGCACAUGCAGCAGGCGGAACAAGAGAGAAGAUCCGAGAUGAUCUUGAGAAGAUUGCAGGCCAUUGAGGAAUAUUUGCACCGUGACCUUGAUAUCCAGGUCGCGAUGUAGCACUGGAUAGAACUUUUUGAUGCCGCAUCAGCCAUUUUCCGUGGACAUCGCACAUUUCAGAGCGAUUGCCCUACCCUAAGGGUCCUUGAAGCCGAGCUCUUUGUAGAUGUCGAAGGCUCCAGUUCGCAGGAGCUUGGGGAAAACCCUUC